UUAAAAGGUUUGCCCAGUCUUCUGUAAACAAAAAGUGAACGUUUUGGGGCCACUAAUCCACCAGUUUGUUACACAGCAGUGGUUUAGCUGUCCAUGUCAAAACCAGCCGUUAGAGCGCUGGGUAGUAAAAGAAGUAAUACAUUAUCUGAGAUGAGACUGGAGACAUUGGCUACAUGCACAUUGUGCAAAUGAAGCUGCGGACAGUGCACAUCGGUUCACUGCGUGUGCAGCAGGGUGCCCAACCAGGAAGCAUCUUGUGGGCAAAGCACUAAAAUAUUCCCAUUGUUAAUGGUUUACAUUCUGUGGAAUUAUAUUUGCUGCUGGGAGACAUGUCAGAGCCUCAGCCGUUCCUGUGUCAGAUACUGUGUUGUGCUCUUGCUCACACCUAUCCUGCUGAUCACCCACCAUAAUCGAUGAGGCCACAGAUGUAUUUAUGGUUCUAACGUGAUUAUAAAGGAGAUAAAACUGGACAGACCUUUAUCUGUUUGUUUUCCGGUGGGAUUAAAUGAUGUAUUUCUCUCUUUUAAUUCUUCCCCUUUUCCAUUCCUCAGAGGUUGAAGGUGAAGCAGAAGGAGCUGGAGGACAAAUCUCUGGCAGAUGAGGCUCUUUUUGAGAAAUCAAACAACUCACACUUAGAGUUGUCCGAUUCCAGCGUGAGCGAGAGCAUUUUCCGGGAGCCUAUGAUGACUCGCUCCACUGCCAAGACCAAGAAAGUGCUCCGUGUCCUGCCACUGCAUGAUUUCAAUCUAAACACCAAAGAAAAAGGGAUCAUAGUAAUUGAGAAGAAAACGCAGGGAACCCCCACAGGCUGCGAGAACAUGCCUGGCUGGGAGUUGACUCUGCGGACAGAUCUGCUCCAGAAUGGCCGAGAGAAACUUCUGAAUCUGCUGAAUGAAGGCUCGAUAACAGAGCUCAAGUCCUUGCAGAAGAUUUGGGACAAGAAGGCCAAGCUCAUUGUGGGUUGGAGGGAGGUCAACGGCCCAUUCAAAAACUUGGAGGACCUGGCCUCUAUAGAAGGGAUAUCUGCCAAAUUUGUCGACAUAUUUUUAGAGGCCAACAUCCUGAGAAUAGUAGCAAGAUGAAGACGCCCCAGGACCCUUCACUUCUCACUGAGAAGCCUUCACCUCAUGGAUUCUAUGAAACCUCUUAUUCGACUGCCUCGUGUACAUUCCUAUAGUCUCCACCAACCCCCUGGUACAUGAGGCUAGUGGGGGGCCUCCUUGUGUUCCACCUCUCAUUGUGACUCUUUACCCUCCUCAGUGUGAGGUCGGCGAUGGCAGGAGCGUUGUCUUAUUUUUGGAUUAUUUUUAUUAUCAUUUUUUAAUGUAUUUGGUUGAAUCUGUGCAGUGAGCUGCCCCCCACCCCACACAGGCAUCAUACAGAUGUGUCUAUAGGAUCUCCAUAUACUUA